AUGUCUACACUCACAGUUCACGGUCUGACCAAAGGCCAAAUAGACGAGAAGAUCCUCCUUCUAACACAUAACCUGAUCAACAUUCACGACACAACGGGCGAGUUCCUCCUCAAACUCGACGAUGGCCGCGUCAUCGACACAAAAGGCUGGGACGGCUGGGAGUGGACACAUGGCAUAGGUCUUUAUGGUCUGUGGCACUACUACACGCUGACGGGCAGCACUGCGACCAUGGACAUUAUGAAGGGCUGGUUCGAGAAGCAGCUCAGCAAGGGCACAACCAAGAACAUCAACACCAUGAGCCCAUUCCUCACACUGGCAUAUCUGUACGAAGAAACAGGAAACAAGACGUUUGUGCCUUGGUUAGACACGUGGGCUGAGUGGGUGAUGCAUGGACUGCCCCGCACAAAGUUUGGCGGGUUCCAACACGAGACGUACAACUCGUUCAACAAGGAUGAACUAUGGGACGACACGCUUAUGAUGAGCGCACUGCCUCUUGCAAAGAUUGGUCUUACGCUCAACAGGCCGGAAUACGUCGAGGAAGCAAAGCGCCAGUUCAUCUUGCACUGCCAGUACCUCUGCGACACAUCCACAGGCCUGUUCUUCCACGGCUGGAAGUGGGAGGACAAGGGUGGGUUGGAGGUCGGCCACAACUUUGCGCGCGCGCGAUGGGCGCGUGGUAACUCGUGGUUGACGAUUGCGAUUCCGGAUUUCAUUGAGUUGCUUGACCUCAAGGAGACAGACCCCCUCCGUCAAUUCCUCAUCGGCAUCCUUGAGUCGCAAUGUCAAGCACUGCUGAAGUUGCAAGGCGAGAACGGCAUGUGGCGUACACUUCUUGAUAUUCCUGUCUCAGAAGGCAGCUACGAAGAGGCGUCGGCCACAGCAGGUUUUGCAUACGGUAUGCUCAAGGCGUGCCGGAAACGAUAUAUUAGCGGAGACGUAUACCUACAGAGCGCAGUCAAGGCGAUCAAGGCUGUCAUGGGCUGCAUCAGCGCUGAGGGUGAGCUGGAGCAGACAAGUUUUGGAACUGGUAUGGGACACGAUUUGCAGCAUUACAAGGACAUCGCCAUCACCAGUAUGCCAUAUGGCCAGGCUAUGGCUAUCAUGGCGCUGGGAGAGUUUAUGAGGACUUUUAUCUAA